AUGGAUAUCGCUCUCGAGAUCUGGGACACCUUCAUUGGUGAUCGCCUGUACUCCGCGCUUGUUCCUCUCUCGCUGUCGCCGUCAAUCUCCCUCCCUGACUUCACCAAUGCCGCCAACAGCACGCUGUCGCUCUUCGGCGCAUCCUACCCGUACGCCUACAAGCCCGCCACCCAAUUGUUCUAUCUGGAGCCCUCCAAGUACGCCUACAUGAGCGCCUGGCCCAGAAACAACAUCUAUCGCCAAUUCCUCAGCUUUUUCCUCAUCGUCUGGAUUUUCGGCAUCAUCACCUACUUCAUCUCCGCCACCCUCUCCUACAUUUUCAUCUGGGACAAGACCACCGUCAAGCACCCCAAGUUCCUCAAGAACCAGAUCCCCAUGGAGAUCAAGCAAACCAUGGAGUCCAUGCCCAUCAUGUCCCUCCUGACGGCCCCCUUCCUCGUCGCCGAAGUCCGCGGAUACGCGAAGCUCUACGACACCUUCGCCGAAGAGCCCUUCCCGUACUACAGCGUCAUCCAGUUCCCGCUGUUCAUCGCCUUCACCGAUCUCUGCAUCUACUGGAUACACCGCGGCCUCCACCACCCGCUGAUCUACAAGACCCUGCACAAGCCGCACCACAAGUGGAUCAUGCCCAGCCCCUUCGCCUCGCACGCCUUCCACCCGCUCGACGGCUGGUCGCAGAGCGUCCCCUACCACGUCUUCCCCUUCAUCUUCCCGCUGCAGAAGCUCGCCUACGUCUUCCUCUUCGGCUUCAUCAACCUCUGGACCGUCCUCAUCCACGACGGCGAGUACGUCGCCAACAGCCCCGUCAUCAACGGCGCCGCCUGCCACACCAUGCACCAUCUCUACUUCAACUACAACUACGGCCAGUUCACCACCCUCUGGGACCGUCUGGGUGGCAGCUACCGCAAGCCCAACGAGGAGCUCUUCCGGCGGGAGACCAAGAUGACCGAGGACGAGUGGAAGCGCCAGACCAAGGAGAUGGAGACCAUCCUCAAGGAUGUCGAGGGCGACGACGACCGCAAGUAUCUGGCCGAGACUGAGACGAAGAAAGAUCUGUGA